AUGAGGAGUGCAACCUGUGGUGGAACAGUGACCGGACAAACAGGCACCAUUGAAAGUGUGGGGUAUCCUGACCUUCAUUACGAAGAUAACCUGCGGUGUGAAUGGUUUCUGCAAGGACCCAGGGGCCACUAUCUUACCAUCACAGUAGAAGGCCUAGAUAUUCAGAACUCCUCUGAGUGUGCAAACGAUUUUGUGGAGAUCCGAGAAUACAACGCCUCUGGAAAUGUGUUGGGCAGGUACUGUGGUAAUACUCUCCCUGAUGCUGUGGACACCUCUGACAGUUUUGCUUAUGUCAAGUUUGUCACUGAUGGAUCAGUCAAUGCCCGAGGAUUCAGACUGCGCUUUGAUUCCAGUUCUGAAGAGUGUGGUGGGGAUUUUACUGCCCCCAUUGGAACGUUUACUUCGCCCAACUAUCCUAACCUGUACCCGCAUAAUCGAGUGUGUGAAUGGAGGAUCACAGUGGAAGAAGGCCGACGUGUCACCCUAACCAUUAAUGAUAUGAAAACUGAGGAGCACUGGAGGUGCUCAUCAGAUUAUGUGGCUGUUUACAAUGGCCUCAGACCAGAUUCCCCCCGACUGGCUAAGCUGUGUGGCGAGAGUAAUCCAGGCACUCAGGUGAAAUCUUCUGGAAACACAAUGAGAGUAGUUUUGGUGACAGAUACGUCCGGUACAGCCAGAGGCUUCAGUGUCUCAUACACAUCUAAUGAAGAUGCAG